UUCGCAGGUGCAUUUUAGAAAGUCGCAUAGUUAGAUUCAUUAAAUUUUGUGAUGUGCAAAUUGUUUUCCUGUAAAAUUGCCUUGCCAUUAUUUAACAUAACACUAUUGAAGAUCGAACGGCCAAGAAACAUUUUACAGUAUUUGCAUCAUCAACUGCUAUAGAGUGCGUAAAGUGAUUGUAAGGCGAGGAGUUCGGCUUGUGCAAGGCAAUGGAUAUGUGGAUUUUCGGUGCUUCAGUAACACUUAAUCAGUAUUAUGCCACAUCAUAAGAGUCAACUAGCGGUGCUUAUCAAGGGAAGGGGAAAUGCCGGCUUUAGUGAGUAUGAAGUGAUGAAAAUUUUUUGCGACGUAUGUGAAUCGCUGGCCCAGCUGCAUUGCUGUCAAGCACCCAUCAUUUAUCGAGAUCUGAAGGUGGAAAAUAUUAUCCAAAAUGAUAUGGGACGGUUUAUUUUGGCUGAUUCAGAUGCAGCUACAACACGAUUUUUAAAUCCUGCUGCGCAUGGAAAGAAGCUUGUAGAGGAUGAGGUUCAAAAGAAUACUACGGCAGCUUAUCGUGCCCCAGAAAUGCUGGAUCUCAAUUCAGGUCACAGUAUUACAACAAAAGUAGAUAUAUGGGCACUGGGAUGCUUACUUUAUCGGGUUUGUUUUGGAGUAAUGCCAUUCGGCGAAAGUUCUAAAGCCAUCUUGCACUGUCAGUACAGCAUCCCAGAAAAGAAUAAAUAUUCUCCAGAGCUUUGUCAAUUGAUACGUUUUUUGUUGGAACCGGAUCCUGAAAACCGUCCCAGUAUCUAUCAGGUUUGCGAACUGGCAUUCCGUAUCGCUGGAAAAGAUAACCCUUUGAAGGUGAGCCUGGAACGACCAAAAACUCAACCUGCCACAAGCGGUCAUCCAGAACAAACGACAGAACGGAAAACACAGUACACAGCCAUUACAGCUGUAAUCAGCGGAACCAGUGUUGUUCCCAGAUCGCGUCCCAAAGCACAGCAAACCAAUACUGGCACAGGUUUUCAGCUUGGUCCACCACCCUUGAAUCAGUCGCCGAAAAAUGUUUCUCCAACACCGGGUUCCGAAGCAGCCUGUCUCGAGAAAAAUGCCUUUGUUGCGAACUUCAACGACAAUUUUCCUGUGACCAAGUCGACCGAAAGAAGUCCCGCUGCGGUUGCGAGGGAGCAACUCCACUUGGAGAUCGGCAGCACGGAUAAACAACUUAGCUCGUCUAAUACGGGAUAUCGAUUUUUCCAAACGGACUCAAAGAACCUGUUUGUUCCAACGUUGGAGACCUCAAUGGUAAAGGACAUAUCUAACACAGUUUCACCAGCAUCUCUGUUAUCUCCAUUUGAACAAGAGCUACCGUCAUCAUCAUCCUCUUCAGCACGACUCCGACCAACAACACUGUUUCCGGUUAGUGCUGCUUGUACCGCUCCACAACGGCACCCGCAUCCAUUGAGUAACUCCAACAGUGAGAAGUCGCUUGUUUCGCCGAUUUCUGGCUCGACCUGGAAUCCUUUCGGAGAUGCUUCAUCCUUUAGUCCAAGCUCCACUUUAACCGAAGAUCAGCUUUUCGGUGCUGAAUUCGAUAAACUGCGUUUGGACGGUAGCAGUCAUACAUCGAUCGUAACUUCUCCCGAGGAAAUAAAAUCAGAGCAAGGGGUUGUUGCCGUUCCGGCCGCUUGGCUUCUACAGCCAAAGCAUCAACGGUUUUCAUUGCCUAUUUUGUCGCAAACGGGAUCUACCGGUACGUUGGCCAUUCCCUCUCAUGAAGUGGUUCCCGAGGAGGAUCCGUUCGGAUCAGCACCGUUCACAUUGCCAAAAAGAUUGAAAGGUAAAACCGGGCGGUCAUCGAAAUUAACUUCAAAAAUUAGCGAAGUUAUUUCCAGCGCUGCUGCUGGUAGCGGUAAUUUAUGGCAUCGCCAUUCAACUGGAGCUACUGGUUCCGUCGGGAGUAGCUCGGUCCCUGGAAAAGAAAGUCUAAUUUCAGUAACAACACCGGCUGCUGGUGGAAGUGGUUUGUCUGGCGAGAAUGGAGAUGGCGGUAUGAAUAAUAGCAUGGAUCUGAAUGGGCAGGCAGCGAUCGAUAAGUCGUCAUUGUUGGGAAUCAAAUUGGAUGACUUAAUGAGUGGUGGUGAAAAGGGAUCGCCAAGCUUCAUCAAGUUACCGCUGGACGAUAGAAACAAGUAUGAAAAGCUUAAUUCCAACGACAUUACAUCUGACGAUAGUGAUUCGGAGUUUUAUCCUGACACCGGAGUUGGGAUUGGCGGUGGAGCAAAGAAGCAAAGCUUCAAACAGUUUGUAGAAAGUAAUAUACCGGAAAAACUUCAGGCGGUCUACCAUAAAGUCGAUAAGGGGCAAAUUAAAAACGUUCAGAUUGUGAAAAAGUUACGGGGAAAGGUAGUGCACAAGGACGAACAGAAAAAAGGUAAAACAAAAGAUAGAUCUGCCAAAAGCUCGGUUAGGGAGCAACAGAAAGAUGGAGACUCUGACGAUUCUAUAGGAUCGGCCAGCGAUUUAAGAGCUAAUGAUGAUUUUGUUGAAGGAGAGAAUACGGACGUUGCAAAAGGAACCAAUAGCAAACCAAGGCAAUUUAACCGAGCUGCUUGUGAUGACGGCAGCGUUGAUGAUUGCAUUAGUGAGAGCAUCAAAACAUGUGGUUCAAGUGCCUACCAUGCCGAAUGUGAGAGUGUGACAACUAACGAAGAUAACACCAGUAGAAUUGUAACAAGAAUACGAAUCAAAAAACGUGAGCACGAUUCCAAACACAGCGUUAUUGAUGAGGAUAAUUCGGGAGAGGAAGAUAUGGUUCAGGGUGACAAACCAUUGCUCUUAGAUGAUGAACUGGAUUACGAGUCUGCUCCGGAAAAUAAUUCCAGCGGUGACGAACCACUGAUGGACCCCUUCACACCUGAAUCUCUCCCUAAUAUUCCCAAAAAGCAGCACGUUGAGGACGAUGACAUUGAAUUGGAUCCUUUUGCCUUAGCUCCGUUUCGAAAGCCAGCAGUGCCAAAGCGUUCUAACAGCAAAUAUGUCCCGCAGGUACAUCCUAUACCGGAGAAUUUCCCGCCGGUUGCUGCUCUGGUUGCUCCUUCACCGCCACUUGCUGCAGCAGUGGACUUUUUCACAUCAACACCCGUCAAACCGACACAAAAACGAUCUCAACAGGGAAUCGAACUGUUUGCUACAUCGCCAGCUGCCCCUGCUAGCAUUGCGACAGUAUCGGAACCCACGAACCAACAUGCGGAAACAUCUAAUUCUGGAAUUGAUCUCUUCGGUUUGGAACCGUUUCCUCCACUCAUUAUUUCUCAGCCUGUCGCUACUUCUCAGCCAGUCUGUAAAUCGGCAACGAUUCCAACGGUGACAGUAGAACCAGGCUCAGUCACACUAACUCACAUCAUUCCAAGCACUAGGCCAAGCAGACCAGCCGUACAGCAGGAAGCAUCAUUGCCUGCCAGUGUAACCCCUCAACAGCAUCAGCAAGGUUCCCAAAUGACCGCACGUCAUAACUAUAUAAACUAUAACCAAAUAGCAACGCAAAGUGUAAACAGUAUUGUACCACCCGACAACAACUAUGUUAAUUUCGAUCCAAAUGACGUCGACGACGACGAUGGUCGAAAGUUAAAAUCGGACGAUUACGACGAUAGCAGUGAUUCUGCUAUGAUGAUGAGUUCCUCCAAAACUAGCGGUAGUUUUCUAGGAAAAAAAGAAAAAGUAAAAUAUAAUUCCCUAAAAGAAACAAUUUCCGCAACCACCAGCGGAGCAGCUAAAGACGAUGGUUCGCAUGCUGCAAUGGGAUCUGUUACGAGUUCCAACAGUGGGAAUUCAGUGUUAGUUAUUCCAGUCAAACUAAGCCAAAAAGUUAAGGUGAAUGUUGUUGGCGGUUACCGCAAGGUUUCAAAUAAGGGCAGUAAAAAGGAUAAGUCGAGCAGUGGAAACAAUGGGGUCGAUAAGUAUGAUACGCCACCGAUGGGCAAACCUCAGUCCUCGAAGGCUAGCAAAAAAAUGGGCUUCAGCAACAUGAGCUUCGAAGAUUUCCCCUCAGACGAGCUGGGCGAGGAUGAAUCGUUGGCAACAGGUGGAGCCACCGGGCGGCAGCCGAGUGGCGGUUCCGUUGGAAGCAAACUAAUGAAAAUUGCCCCAUUCGAAGUGAUUCGCAACGAGAAAAUGCUGCUGGAAGCAGAGAAAAAGUUUGGUUCGUUGAAACGCCGCAGUAAUCCGUUUUCCUGAUUUUACGCCGAAUCUCAAACGAAAAAAUAGGACGGAACUGAGCACAGGUAGGUCCAGGUAUGCCGGUAUGCUUACACCCGAUUUGUGCGUGUGGGAUAAAGUUGAUUUGUGCUAACACGAUUCGACUUGGUCUGACCGUUGGUUCUUUUAAUUUUUGCAGAAAAAUUCACCACUUCCUCCCAUAUCAGUUUAUGAAACCUAGCUCACUUUCAGCAAAAAUCGAUGUUUAGUUGAAAACAACACAUUUUUUCUCUUAAAACUUAUUUCUCGUGGGUUAAAAUAACACGACUGCAAAGCUGGAUAGCAUUUCUCCGAAUAGUAUUUCUCGAAACCAUUUCCCCGAAUUUACCACAGCCCCGGAAAGUAAUGUAUGUGUCAGAAAAUAAGCCGUUAGAUCAAACGGGCUAUAAUAAACGCCCGGUUUACUCAAACAUUUUGCGAAUCUCUUAGUCAAGCCAGAAUGAGCGGUAGCGAGUAAGAACAGCAUAUACUAAGAUAUUGAAUGUUGCGAGUAUUUUUACGGACAUAAUCUGAUUAAUUUUAUGUUUUUCAUAACGAUGUCGUGAACAAACAAUGAAAGAUGCUGUAUAAACGCUUUAUAGCUGGGCGAGUCGGCCGCCCGUUUUUGCGGCCACCUGCCAUCGUCAAUCCCCUCACGCGCAAAUCACCUCUCACUUCUUCCCUGCUCAAUGUUCGCCGGUCCGGCAGAACUGACUUUAAUUUACUUAUUAAAGUAGCGACGAUCUAUUAUAGCUCCUGCACGGAAUGAAUUAUGGUCCUUCAAAGCUGUCAGUUUUGGGCUGCCGUUCUCCAACCCUCUCGAUAGCGCAUAUCCAUCGGAUGCAGGGUCUGCCCCGAAGUCUACGACUUCUUCCUGGUUCUCUGCUAAAAAUAGUUUUCGCUACUCUUUCGUCGGGAAUUCUGCCCACGUGCCCCACCCACUGCACCCUGCCACAUUGUACUACCUUUACUAUAUCAGCAUAUUUAUGUACUUAAUACUGCUUGUGGUUCAUGCGUCUGCACGACACUCCAUUUUUUAUUUUGACACCAAGUAUUCUACGUUCAAAAACUCCAAGCACUCGUCGAUCAGCUUGCUUUAGUCCAUGAUUCAUGUCCAUAAAGGACCAUCGGAAGAUUUUAGUGUUCUGUAGAGCACAAGUUUUGUGCGAAUUUGCAUACUACGGGGCUUCAGCUCGAUUCGCUGCUGCAAUUUGUCGUUUUACUUCGGGGCUUAUAUCGUUGUCAGUGACAACUUGUCACAUGUCACGAGCGUACCAAGGUAUAUGAAUUCCUUCACUACUUGAUAGUCUAAAUCUUACUGCUUCUCAUUUUAAAGGUCUAAAGAUCUCUACCACUGCUCUACCGUUGAUUCCGAAGAUAUCGACGUCAUCCGCAAAACUAAUUUGAGAUUUCGUGAUGAUAGUCCCAUUUUUUUUACGUUUGCUUCGUAUUGCACCUUCCAAAGGCAAUGUUGAAUGGCAUCCUCUUGUUUCAAUCCAUCCCGGUAUCCAUCUCCGGCAUCCCGGAGGUCCCGCUCGCCAUUCUGAUGCAUGUCAGCGUAACUAUUUUCGCCGGAAAACCAUGUUCUAGCAUAAUCUGCACAGCUCAUUUCGUUUGACUGAAUCGUACGCCACAUUAAAGUCCACAAACAGAUGAUGAGUCUGCAAGCUGUACUUCCGGUAUUUAUCUAGUAAUUGACGUAAACUAGGUGAACAUGUCAUCCGUCGUGGAGCGACCUUCCAGAAAACCGGUUUGGUAUUCACCGACGAAGGACCCCGCCAGCGGUCUCAGUCGAUAGAACAGGACACAGGACCAUCACCUUAUAAGCAAACAUCAGUGCAAGCCUUCACCGCGUUCUACAACUUUCCGCGGAAUUCCCUAUCUUCGUAAUUUGACCACUGAACUUCCUCUCGAGAAAGUAAGCUAAUUCGUGCUGGUUCAUGGAGAAUUUGGACAUCACAGGUACCAAGUUUACCGGAGGAAUGGAUGAAAGAUACUACAAAAUGGGCGAUUGGCUAGAUUUCUGUAAUUAUCGCGGUAUUACGCUGAUCAACGCCGCCUUCGAGUUGUUCUCCCAGAUUUUGUUGCGCCAUAUUUCUUCCAAAAUCCACUUCCUCCGCCCGCUGCGCAUUUUGCCGAAGGUUUCGUCACUGGUCGUGAUGAAGGAGUUCUUGAUGCCGGUCCAUUGUUCUACGACAGUUCCAACCGGACGGUAACUUUGAGGCUUGGAUUUCCAGUUUUUCGACAAGGGUUCUCCAGUCAGUGGAUGUCGUUAUGACAUGCAAUUUUCUCCACCCCCCCUUGGACACGUGCGACGCGUAGUCGUAUCUCAGCGAUGACAAGGUAAUGGUUGGAUGCAAUUUCGACACAGCGCUUGCUGCGUAUAUGUAUCAAGAAGACUCGUUUCGUUUGAAGCAGAUAUGGUCAAUUUGGUUCGGCCGUUGCGGGAAACCCACGUGACCUUAUAUUCUGUACUAUGGAAAAAGAGCGAUCCACCAAUGACUAUGUUGUUAUUACCACAAAACACUGUAAACAAUGCCCCGUUUUCGAUUAUCUCUCCUAGGCCAUGGCGUCCCAUGAUACGUUCAAGGUCCGCGUUGCUUGCGCCAAUCUUCGCAUACAGGAUGCGAUUCAUUGAUGUGUUCGGGUAAUUGUUUUUCGGGGAAUGGUUUUUUUUUUUUUUAUCAUGUCAUUUAUUUGUACAGGCUCGUAUACGGUAGCUUUAAGGAGCCAACUUUUUUUAUGUCUAGUUUUUAUAACAUGUUCAACACUGCUUAUAUACUAUGUUAGAGGGUACGAUCGUUACACCCGAUUUACUGGGGUUAGUAUGGCUUAAUUACUUAUAUUCCAAAGCUGGAGGACAAGGAGGGAUAGGUUUCAAGGUUUCAAAGCUCGUUAUUGUUUUCUACUAUUAGCGAUGGUCAGGGUCCAGUAGAUAAACGCUGUUCAGCGUUCCAGUUACUACGUUCGUGGGUGCGGGUCAGAAUUAAUGUGUCUUCAUUGGGGUGGCAUUGUUACGUGGAAACCGUUGGGGCGAUUGGUCUGCGGAUUAUACAAAAGUAUUAAAUUCUUACGUCAAUUUUCUUUAGAAAGUUAUAAACCAGAGUCAUGUACUGAAGAUCCCUGCUCGCCAGAAUGUCUCGCACCGGCAUGUUUGGUUGUCUUCCUCGGGCCCGAAGGGAAUCUGUUAGCUGGGACCUGACAUCACAAAAUUCGGUACACGACCAUAUAAUGUGCUCGAUGUCGUGAUAGCCAUCGCCACAAACGCAGUGAUUGCUUUCUGCAAGUCCUAUUCGGUAGAGAUGCGAGUUUAACGUAUAGUGAUUGGACAUGAGCCUGGAUAUCAAACGAAUGAAGUCUCGACCCAAAUCCAGCCCCUUGAACCACGCCUUCGUCGAUACCUUAGGAGAGUAUGGAAUGUAGCCACCGUCCCAGUUCUCCUUUAUUCCAUGAGGAUUGCCAGCUGAUGAGAGCUCUCUGGCGCAAGACACUAAAAAAUUCAUUAUAGGCAAUUGGUCUAUAAUAAGUUUCCCCUUCGAUUGCGCCCACCUUAGCUAACGAGUCAGCCCUUUCAUUGCCCGGAAUGGAACACUGAGAAGGGACCCACGCUAAGGUAACCUGGUAUUUUUUCCCGGACAAAGCUUUUGUAAGCUCUCGUAUUUUCCCCAAGAAAUACGGUGAAUGCUUUGCAGGCUUCAUUGAGCGGAGAGCCCCUAUAGCACUGAGACUAUCUGUAAAGAUAAAGUAAUGGUCUGUGGGCAUUGUUUCGAUAAUCCCAAGAGCGUGGUGAAUUGCGGCCAAUUCUGCCACGUAUACAGAAGCAGGAGCAUCGAGUUUGAAAGAAGCUGUAAUACUUUCAUGGAAGACACCGAAGCCAGUGGACUCAUUAUGCUUAGAUCCAUCAGUAAAAAACAUUUUAUCAGAACUAACGUUUACGAACUUAUUGUAGAAAAUUUUAGGGAUCUCAAGUGCACGAAUUUGAUCCGGGAUACCAUUUAUAUCUUCUUUCAUGGUGAUAUCGAAGAAUAUAGCAGAAUCAGAAGUAUCUUGCGAUGCGACACAAAAGGAAGUGUAUGAAGAAGGGCUGAUAUCUUGAGCCAUGUAAUCGAAAUAUAAAGUCAUGAAUCUACUUUGAAAUUGAAGUUCGACAAGCCUCUCGAAAUUACAAAUCACUAAUGGGUUCAUAACCUCACAUCGAAUGAGCAGACGGUAGGACAGUUCCCAAAAACGGUGUUUCAACGGAAGAACACCAGCCAGCACUUCUAGACUCAUCGUAUGUGUCGAUUGCAUGCAUCCUAAGGCAAUCCGCAAACAACAAUACUGUAUUCUCUCUAGCUUAAUAAUGUGCGUGUUCGCGGCGGAGCGGAAACAGAAACAACCGUAUUCGAGAACCGACAGUAUUGUUGUUUGGUAUAGCCUUAUAAGAUCUCCUGGAUGGGCGUUUCGGGGAAUGGUACAAUCAGAGAAAUUAUUUUCGGAUAAUUGUUAUAGGUACAAUAGACUACAAAAAGACAUUUACAUUCCAACUGCUUUCUGUUCUCAAUGGUUAAUAGUCUAAGACAAAAUGGGAAGCUACACCUACACUCUUGGUAAAGGUUUUAGAGUGCGGUUUAAAUUUUGGCACCUUGAUUAGUUCCGGCUCAAUGAACAAUAUAAUUUUUUUUGCACACGUAUCUCAGGGUUUUCUUCCAAUUUUGAUCUCUAGAAUCUCUAUAAGUGUAUAACAAAACCCAGUACAGUGAAAUUACCGCACAAAAUUUAAAAUAAUAGUAUACCGAAGAAACAUUUCCUACAUUUCUUUUGCAUAUAAAUAUUUGUGAGGAAGUUCUAAUUUUAUUUUCAUUUGGUUAUAUAUAAUUGCAGUAUUUUUUUAUAAACCAAUAUUCAAAUUGUAAUCACUGAUCUACCAGCUAUCUUUUAAUUUUGUUGAUUUUUGUCACAGAAACCCGGUUAAACUUGUUGAACACUGUUUCGCAAUUGUUCCCGAAAGCAUAAAUCAAUUUUAUUCCUAAUCAUUCUUAUGUAUAGUUAGAUUUUAUGCAGACAACACAAAGACAGGCAGCAAAUGUUUGGAAAAAUAGGUACAUCCACAUCACGUGCUGUGUACUUGUACUGCAUUAGCGUUUUCAAGCAGCAUUUACAAAUUAGCAGCUACCUAGUGUUAAUAGUGUUUUGAAAUGAUUCAAAAUCAAUUCUUAACAAACACGUGAGUAAUAUUUAUUAGAAAUUUUGUUUGUAUCAGAUGCCUCGUGAGAACGGAUGGGAGGACCAUUUAUUAUAUAAAAUAUCGAUUUGUUAUUUACUGGAUACCUAUAUAUAUGUUUGAACUUGAAAAUAUUAGUUAAACAGCGGAACGUUUAAUAGCUUAGUACCAUUUGGUUGUGUAUUACAAACAUUCGAGACAGCUAGCAGUAGCCAAGUAAGUGUAUGAACAUUCAGCAUGAUAAGAUGGUAAAGCUAUGCAAACAAAUUACGAGGUGUGGUGAUGAGGCACAGCUUGAUAUAUUCGACAGACAUACUAGAACAGGUGAAAUUACUCUUCGGUUUUUGACAUUCCGAAAAGCAAUAAACGACGAAUGACCUCGAAUGCUUGUGAAAAAUUCAUAUAAACACAACAUAUAAACUGUCCAACACAUUAACUUGCUGGUCGUUUUGAACAUGUAAGUAAAUCCGAAUGGUUUUAGGUGUGUAUAGUCUCUAUCUGCCAGAAUCGAACAUCGUUUGCAGCCGGGUAGAAUACCCGGUUGAAAAGGUUUUGAACAAAGAGCAUGAUGAUUGAAAUAAACAGAUAAAAAACAAGUAUGAAAUUCGUAUUCUUAUGCAGCUAUCUCAAUGUAUACACUAGUAGAGCAUGAAGUAGUAAUAAACAUUCUAUAUAUUUA